UCUUCAAAGUCAAAACGUCAGAUGAACAAAGCCGAACCAAUCAUUACGACUAAACUAAAAUGAAAUAUUCCAAAAUGAUAGAUAAUACAAUUAAUACUUUCAGUCAUGAUCAAACGUGCUAAGCACUUCACCCAAACAUUUCAUUUUUAUGGCAUGAAACAUGGACUUCUUCCCUACCUUGGAACAUGGAGUUCAAAAGAUGAUUGUGUAGUAACACAGCCACACAAAAAAAGCCCCUUUACAUGAGGACAAUGGGAAAGACUCCGGUCCUGCCAUUGCAUCAUGUUGUCUUCUUAUUUCUGCUUGUUCUCCAAGCCACUAGCCAGCAGCAGCCAGGACUCACCAGUCCAUAUAUUGCUCCAAGAACGAAUCAAGUACCCGCGGUAAUCAUUGGAAUGUUUAUGUUUACACUCUUAUUCAGCAUGUUGGCUUGUUGCGUUUGCUAUAAAUACACAAGCACAUCUCCUCCUGGAACCAGCUCUGAUGAUACCGAAGGAGGUGGUGGAGAAGUAGCAUGGACGAGGAGGACAAGCCGUGGACUUGAACCGGAUGUGAUAAAGUCGUUUCCUUCCUUUCUUUACUCACAAGUUAAAGGGUUAAAGAUAGGCAAAGGCGGCGUGGAAUGUGCCAUCUGCCUGAAUGAGUUUGAGGACGAAGAAACGCUGCGUUUGAUGCCUCCUUGUAGCCAUGCAUUUCAUGUUGUUUGCAUAGAUGUCUGGCUCUCUUCUCGGUCUACCUGUCCAGUUUGUCGUGCUAAUCUCCCUCCUAAACCAGGUAGCGAUCAAAGCUCUUUAAAUCCAUGUAUACACCCACAUGAUAAUCAAGAUAUGGAUCUUGAAGAUGGAAACACGCGAAGAAGUAUAUUGGAAUCUCCAGAAGAUGUACGUUUGUUAGAUAGAUUGACGUGGAGCAAUAACACGGGGGCAAACAGACCGCCUCGGUCGAGGUCAACAGGGUUAUCAAAUUGGAGAAUAACAGAGAUUUUGUUCCCAAGAUCUCAUUCAACCGGACAUUCUCUAGUUCCACGUGGAGAGAACCUUGACAGAUUCACAUUGCAGUUACCAGAAGAGAUACGUAGGCAAUUGAGCCGCACGACGUUACCACAAGCUAGGAGUUCAAGGCAAGGCUAUAGGAGUGGUAGCGUUGGGAGCGAGAGGAGAGUUUUACCUUAUGGACGCCGAUAUAAUCGACGAAACAUUUCUCUUUCUUUCUCUUUCUCUUUUCAGACUGCCUCUCUCCAGUCAACUAAAGGCAGCAAGGAAAAAGAGCUUGGAGAAGGGUCAUUUGAACGCCUUAGGCCAGAGAUGGUCUAGUAUAUAUUUGUUGAUCACUACAUCAACUUUUCUUAUUGACAAGGUUAGAUUAUAGAGAACGUAAACACGAGCACAAGAGAGCUAUAUUGUACAGUUUCUAUGUGAAUCGAAGGAUUUAAUAGUAUACGAUUGUGAACUUUGGAUUAUAAUUACGAUUGAUAUAAAAUCCUCUUCUUUAUAUAUAACAAUUCUUCCGAGUUGUCCUAUGCAGCUUUGCUCUGUUCAUGUGAUAACUAGAAUAGGAUGCUAAUGUUCAUGUGAUACUAGAAUGUUAAAUACUUGACUCAGAUCAACUGAUAACCACAUAACAAAAAACUCCUAGAGUAAUUUCUGAGAUUUUUUUAAUUUCUGAGAUUUUUUUUGUUGUUAAAAAAAAAACUUGGUUCUCAAAUAACACACCAGAUCGUAACACGUGUUAGUUUUAACGAUCAAAUAUCAAAGUUGAAAACUAACCAGAUCGUAACACGUGUUAGUUUUAACGAUUAAAUAUCCAAGUUAGUACGAUCAGAAAUCACAUAUCAAAGUUAGUAACUCAUAAUAUCGUGACACGUGUCAAUUCUAACGAUCAAAACUCCAAAUUUCAAGCUUGGUAAAACGAUGCAUAAGAUAAUUGUAAUAUCUUAUUAUAUUAAAAAAAAACUUUGUUAAUUCUA